AUGGAUGGCAGCUAUCCUUUCCUGAAGGACGCUAAGAUGGGCUAUCGUGAAGGUGAAGGCCUGGGUAAGUUCGGACAGGGCCGGAAGGAGAUUGUGGAGGCCUCAAUGCAGCGAGGACGCCGGGGACUGGGACUGAAAAUCAAAGGCUUCGAUGGAGACCUGGAUGUGGAUUGGCAUGAAGAGAGCGAGCCCAGCGCAUAUGAACAGGUGGAAUGGUUUCCAGAAUGUUCCUUGGAGAUUCCACCAGUAGCAGAGCUGCGGCAAUGGAUGGUUAUUGACCAGCGGAAAAUGGAGAUCGAGAAUGAGACCAAUUUCUGUGAUCAGGAACUACUCAGCAACGUCUUGAAGUGUAAGAGCGUGUUUGAUGAGCUGGAGGGUGAGGAGAUGCGUCGUGCUCGGACUCGAUCAAAUCCCUAUGAGACUAUCCGAGGAGUCUUCUUCCUGAACAGAGCUGCUAUGAAAAUGGCCAACAUGGACCACGUGUUUGACAGUAUGUUCACCAACCCGAGAGAUUCCAGUGGGAAGCCGCUGGUUCGAGAUAAGGACACGGAGUUGCUGUAUUUUGCUGACGUGUGUGCAGGGCCCGGGGGUUUCUCGGAGUAUGUGCUGUGGAGGAAACGCUGGCAUGCUAAGGGAUUCGGAAUGACCCUGAAAGGGCCCAAUGACUUCAAGAUGGAGGAUUUCUUUGCAGCAUCGAGUGAAUUGUUUGAACCAUAUUACGGAGAAGGGGGUGUUGAUGGGGACGGUGACAUUACACGGCCAGAGAAUAUCAGCGAGUUCCGUCGCUUUGUGCUGGAGAACACAGACUGGAAAGGAGUUCACUUCCUAAUGGCUGACGGGGGUUUCUCGGUGGAGGGACAAGAGAACCUACAGGAGAUUCUCAGUAAACAGCUGUUGCUAUGUCAAAUACUGGUGGGACUGAGUGUCACCAGGACAGGUGGCCAUUUUGUCUGUAAGACUUUUGACCUGUUCACCCCCUUCAGUGUCGGCCUCAUUUAUCUCCUGUACAUGUGUUUCGAACGAGUUUCUCUCUUCAAACCAGUCACCAGCCGCCCAGCCAACUCUGAACGAUAUGUUGUGUGCAGGGGGCUGAGGUCAGGGACAGAACCUGUGCGGGAUCAUCUCUUCACUGUUAAUCUGAAGCUGAAUUUACUGAGAAACAGUGAGCAGGAUGUGAGCUGUGUGGUCCCUCUAGACACCAUCAAAUCCGAUACUGCUUUCUAUAAACACAUGCAGCUAUCAAAUGAGAGCCAUGCUACAGCCCAGGUUAAGGCUCUGGCUAAAAUCCACGCUUUCAUCCGUAAUCCUUGGCUGAUCCCGGACAAAGCUCGGAUUGCUCCCAGCCCGACUGAUGCCAAGAGCAAAUUUUACGAGCUGAUCCAGGGUAGUGACAUGGAGACUUUCAGUUAUAAAGCUACCCUGCUGUCUCCAGAGAACAUUGAGAAGAUCAGCCAUGUGUUGGACUAUCGGUGUAUGGUUGCUGGUGGGCAGCAGACAUUCCUCCUGGGCAUGGGGAAGUGCCAGAUCUACCUGUGGGACGGGGUAAUCCCGAUGCGGUGGAAGAAGUUGGAAAGCUUCAAGACUGAGUUACCGCGGGACACACUGCUGCUGGUGGAAAUCAUACAGGAGCUGAAAGGAGAGGGGAAGGCCCAGCGUCGGAUCAGCUCAGUUCACAUCCUCGAUGCCCUAAUUCUAAACGGAACGGAUAUUCGAGAACAACAUUUCAACCAGAGGAUCCAGAUGGCGGAGAAAUUUGUCAAAGCCGUUUCGAAGCGAAGCCGCUCGGACAUGAACCCAAUUCGGGUGAAAGAAGUGUAUCGGCUCGAAGAGAUGGAGAGAAUAUUUGUCCGGUUAGAAAUGAAGAUCACUAAGGGCUCGAGUGGAAUGCCACGACUCUCCUACACAGGCCGAGAUGAUCGACACUUCCUGCCCACUGGCCUGCACAUCAUUAAAACUGUGAACGAUCCCUGGACCAUGUGCUGCAGCCGAAAUUCCAAGAGGAAAUAUUUCCACAACACUCAAUCGAAGGAAUCGACAUAUGAAUUACCCCCGGACUCCAUCACCCCGUUUCAUGUUUGUUAUUUUGAGCGUCUGUUCUGGGCCUGGGAAGAUGGAGUCCGUGUCCACGACUCUCAAACACGACACAAUGCAGAGAAACUCUCCAAGGAGGAUGUCCUGAACUUCAUCCAGGUUCAUUACCAACCCUAGAGCUAAUUGAAUAGAGGCAGGGGGAGAGAGAGAGAGACAAUCUGACGGUCUGCUCAUCUUUCCCCCAGGCUUGGCUCUGCACUACCUUCAUCCCCCAUACCUCCGUCUCUCCCUCCCUCCUUCCCCCCUCCCUCUCCCCUCCCUCUCCCU